AUGAUAGUAGCAGUGGAGAGGAGAGCAGUGAAGAGGAGGAUAACAGGGAAGACACUAGUGGGAAAGAGGCAAAUACAUCAAAGGAAGAUGGCAAAGAGGAUGAACAAAAGUUAACAGCCAAAGUCAGGUCCAAGUUUGAUGACCACUCUGAUGCUGAGAGUUUGGGAAAGAUGUCCAAGGGAAGCAAUUCUGAUAACUACUUGCCUGAGUCUCCAGAGUUGUCUGAUGUUGAUUUGAAACCAGAAGACUCUCUUCCCUUGUACCUGCCAGCUAUACAGGGCUGCCGCAGCGUUGAAGAGUUCAACUGUUUGAAUCGGAUAGAAGAAGGAACGUAUGGAGUGGUAUACAGGGCCCUGGACAAGAAGACAAAUGAAAUUGUGGCAUUGAAACGCUUGAAGAUGGAGAAGGAGAAAGAGGGAUUCCCCAUUACAUCGCUGAGGGAGAUUAAUACAUUGUUGAAAGCACAGCAUGAAAAUAUUGUCACUGUCAGGGAGAUUGUCGUGGGCAGCAACAUGGAUAAGAUCUACAUUGUCAUGGACUUUGUGGAGCACGACCUUAAGAGUUUGAUGGAGAAUAUGAAGAACCCUUUCCUUGUGGGUGAAGUGAAGACGCUGCUGAAGCAGCUGCUGCGUGCCGUGAGACAUCUCCAUGAUAACUGGAUUCUUCACAGAGACCUCAAGACCUCUAAUCUCCUGCUGAGCCAUAAAGGCAUUCUCAAGGUAGGAGACUUUGGCCUGGCAAGAGAGUAUGGUUCUCCCUUGAAGUCCUAUACACCGAUUGUGGUCACCUUGUGGUACAGAGCUCCAGAACUGUUGCUAGGAUGUAAGGAAUACUCGACACACAUUGAUAUGUGGUCUGUGGGCUGCAUAUUUGCGGAGUUCUUCCUGAUGAAGGCUUUGUGGCCAGGCAAGUCUGAGAUUGAUCAGAUCAACAAGAUCUUCAAGGAUUUGGGCACUCCAACGGAGAAAAUCUGGCCUGGGGUGUCUGAGUUGCCAGGCAUGAAGAAAGUUCAGUUUAAUGAGAAUCCCUACAAUGUGGUCAAGAAUAGAUUCGGGACAUACCUGACUGAUCUUGGCUUCGACUUGCUAAACAGGUUUUUUGCCUAUGAUCCAGCCAAACGAAUAACAGCAGAAGAAGCCAUUGAGCAUGAAUACUUCAAUGAGUCUCCUCUGCCAGUUGAUCCAUCAAUGUUCCCAACAUGGCCUGCUAGAAGUGAGCAGACUAGAAAACACUCUGGCAACUCACCAAAGCCACCAUCGGGUGGCAAAGCCUACCAGAAACUGAUGGACGACGAGGAACAUUUUGCUGCCGGUGGCUUCCACAUGUCGACGGCAGCCAAGGGAGCAUCAGCCCAGGGCAUGGGCUUUGCUCUCAAGUUUUAG